AUGAAAAGUUACUCAGCAGCAAUCGAAUUUCUAGACUUGACGGACAACGCUACAGAUUCAGCCGAGGUGAUCAACAAAUUCAUCAGCAAUGCUACCGCUGGAAAACUGGAAAAUAUUGUUAGAGCGGAUACUAUCGAAGGUGCUCUUUCUGUGCUUGUGAAUGCUGUCUACUUCAAAGCCGAGUGGAGAGACAAGUUUCAUCCAGACAAGAGUUCUAACUCUAAGUUCUAUAGCAACCCGGAGAAGGAAAGAGAGGUCAGUUUGCAAUAAGA